CUCCAUCACUCAUCCUCCCUCAUCUGCAACCACCCAUCCCCGAGUCCUAAAGAGUCACUAUCAUCGAGUCAUCGCCCUGCAACACAGCCUCAAACUGGCUCUCUAUUUCGCUGCCUGAGUCACCAUCUGCGCCCGCCAUUCGACAUCCCUGCUAGCGCCCGCGGGUCUGCUAUCUUCAUAAGGCGAGCUGAAGAAGGGAGAGAAAAAUCAACAAGCAGCAACAACUUCUUCUGACGAGCACACGAAAGCAAAGUCGUUCUUUACACUCCCUUUUAUCUUUUACAGAAGAACAGAAACAGGUUUAUUAGCAAGAAUAACACAUCAUGGCGGUACGAGCACAGUUCGAGAACUCGAAUGAGGUCGGUGUCUUUUCGACGUUGACGAAUUCUUAUGCGUUGGUUGCGGUGGGUGCUAGUGAGAACUUCUACAGUAUCUUCGAGGCCGAGUUACAGGAUGUUAUCCCGAUUUGCCAUGUUACGAUUGCGGGUACGAGAAUCAUUGGGAGAUUGACUGCUGGCAAUCGAAAGGGUCUAUUGGUACCAACAAGCACGACGGAUCAAGAGCUUCAGCAUCUGAGGAAUAGUUUACCAGACGAGGUGAAGAUACAGAGAAUAGAAGAACGCCUCUCAGCCCUCGGCAACGUCAUCGUCUCCAACGACCACGUCGCCCUCGUACACCCCGACCUGGAGCGCGAAACCGAAGAAAUAAUCGCCGACGUCCUCGGCGUUGAAGUCUUCCGCCAAACGAUCGCCGAUAACGUCCUCGUCGGCUCCUACAUGUCGCUUUCCAACCAAGGCGGCCUCGUCCACCCCAAGACCAGCAUCCAAGACCAAGACGAGCUCUCGAGUUUACUACAAGUCCCGCUGGUGGCUGGUAGCAUCAACAGGGGAAGCAGCGUUGUUGGUGCCGGUAUGGUGGUUAAUGACUGGUUGGCGGUUACGGGACUCGAUACUACGGCGACGGAGUUGAGCGUUGUGGAGAGCGUGUUUAGAUUGGGUGAGGGGCAUGCGGGGGCGAUUAAUACUACUAUGAAGGAUACGAUGGUGGAGAGUUUCUACUGAUCGCAGUCCUCAUGAUCUAGCUGGGUACGAAGCCUGGAGCUAGGUUGAGGUACGAGACCAUACCAUGAUCAAAAGAUUGAGGUAUAGGUUGAACUCGUGGUAUUAUCGCGGGGGAGGACAAAAGCAGAAUUGUAUCAUGAAGGAAGGGAUGGAAUAUGAAUCUUGCGGCCUCUGAAUGAGGGGAUUCUGGGCUUGGCUUCAUACGUAUUUUCACGGCGAGGCGUUGUGGCCUUUUGAAUCAAUGCAUGGAUG